UUUUGUCUGAAUGCGGGUUCCAAAGGUGCGCCCAUGGUCUCUCUUAUACGCGCACAUCAGGGACGCACCUCUCCUCAACCCUGCUGAGGAAAAAGGAGAGCCAUCCCUCCUUACAAUAAUUAGAGUUGCAGAUUGACAGGUGGGCUCUGACUGUCAGGGUGACGCUUGUCGAAGGGGUGGAGUAAAAGAAGGAGAAGGGGCCCGGAAAGGCAGCUGGAUGUGUCUUGUCUGUCAGUAGAGAGCCGUCUGAAGGCGAUAUGCGCACAUUUUUCCCCUUUCUGCAUGCGGGAGGGCGCUCCUUGUUGUUAUUUUUUAGUCGAAGUGCGUUAGAUGUAAUAAAACAGCAGGAAGCAACAAGAAGAACAGGCCUGCUUCUUUCCCUAUGAGUUUCUGAGAAAUUCCAAGCGUCCGUGUUUUGACAAUCGGACGGUGUUAUCGGAGCUUUGGAGAGCGUGGAGCUGCGGCUGAAACCUGGUCGGGACCGGAGAGAGACGCCACACCAGACCCGCAGUUCGGACGCCUAUCCUCCGACAAGGCGGUGCGAUGUGCUUCCUCAUCGGAGCGGCGCGGUAGUCUGAGCCCGGAGCGCGUUUAUUCGGAUGGAAGCGCGGCUGAUCUGAGAUCUGCAUAGAGCUCUUUCCACCGGGUUUCCCACCCCAUCAGCCCUGCCUGGAGUUUUUCCUCAUCGGACGAAGUUAACAAUUUCUCCUCAAAAUCGUCCGAAUACACGAAAAAGGCGCACAGAUUUAGAAACUCUUCACCCUACGAGGGGAUCUACACUUUUAAAUAAAAUCACAUUCGUUCGCUUCCAGCUCUGCCCGUUGUUUUGAUCUCUGCAUGAACAGUCAAGCGGAAAAUCCUGCAGCAGCAUGCCGAGGAGAAAGCAGCAAGCACCGCGGCGGUCAGCAGCUUAUGGAUCUGAAGAUGAGUUUAAAACAGGGAAGACUGAUGAAGAAGAGCACCUCCUGGACGAUGGCCUUUCCCUUGAUGGUCAAGAUGCAGACUUUCUCUUUAACGAUGAUGAGGACCCAAGAGAGCAUUAUAGCUGUCAGAAUUCCCCACUCAGCAAUGGCACUAAUCAAGAUGCUGGAUAUGCUUCCCCACUCAGUACCACCAGUGAUCAACUGGUGGACCUUAAGACCACCACUUCCUCCUCUAGUGAUCAGGAAAACCCAGAGGAAAAGCUUGGGGAAAGUACAGAGUCAAUGAAUGGCCUCACUCUUCAGGACAGUCUGACAAAAAUGAAAGCCGUCUAUGCAAACUUGAUUUCAGAUGCCUCCUGGUCUAGCAUUGCUCUGGAUGUGCUUAAAAGUAAACAAGGGAACAAUUUGGCAGCUAGCAAUGGUUGUGGUAGCAAUGACAAAGGCAGCAGUGGGUUCCUGAAUAGUCACAGUUCAAGCAACAGCCAUGGCAAGAGCAGAUGUAGCGGUUAUGAUACUCCUGUCUCUAAUCACAUAAACAGCAGCAGCACAACUGCAAGAACAGUCUUGAGCAACAGCAACGCUGGCAUCAGCUCUGCAAACACUGGAGGAUUAGCCUAUGACUGGCAUCAGGCAGCUUUAGCUAAAACUCUUCAGCAAAAUCCAUACCAACUCCUCCCUGAGCCCAGCCUCUUCAGCACCGUGCAGCUUUACAGGCAGAACAACAAACUGUAUGGGCCAGUCUUUACUGGGGCCAGCAAGUUUCGGUGUAAGGACUGUAGUGCCGCCUAUGACACCUUGGUUGGUCUGACUGUACACAUGAAUGAGACUGGACACUACCGUGAUGACAACAAAGAUCCAGAGGAUGAUCGAAGCAAGAAGUGGUCCAAGCCCCGCAAGCGUUCUUUGUUGGAGAUGGAAGGCAAAGAAGAUGCCCAGAAAGUUCUAAAAUGCAUGUAUUGUGGCCACUCUUUUGAAUCCUUGCAAGAUCUUAGUGUUCACAUGAUUAAAACAAAACACUAUCAGAAAGUGCCUCUAAAAGAACCAAUGCCAGCCCUCACAUCCAAACUGGUGCCCCCGACCAAAAAAAGAGCUUUUCAGGAUUUGAUGUCCCCAAGCUCACCCGAGUCAGUGUCUUCGGGCAUAUUCCUUGGAGACUCUCCAAAAGACCAAAAAGCAGCUAAUCCGUACGUCACUCCUAACAAUCGAUAUGGUUACCAAAAUGGUGCCAGUUAUACGUGGCAGUUUGAGGCACGAAAGGCACAAAUACUCAAAUGCAUGGAAUGUGGUAGCUCCCAUGACACAUUGCAACAGCUGACAGCCCACAUGAUGGUAACAGGACACUUUCUAAAAGUUACAAAUUCUGCCUCUAAGAAGGGCAAACAGUUAGUUUUAGAUCCAGUUAUUGAGGAGAAAAUUCAGUCAAUUCCUUUGCCUCCUACCACGACACGUCUCCCAGCACCCAAUGGUAAGCCGCAGCCUGACUCCCUAUUGCAGCCCUGCAGCCCCGAAGAGAAAAACGAGAACAAGAGAGAUGAUGAGAUAGAGAAAGAGAAGGUAGAAGUAAUAGAACCAGAGAAAAGAAUUAAAGAGGAAAAUGAAGACUCAAUUGAAAAGCCAGAUAAGCCUGUGAAGACCAGAUCCUACCAGUACCUUACAGAAGAAGACUUAGAAGAAACACCUAAAGGUGGCCUAGACAUCUUAAAGUCUUUGGAGAAUACAGUAUCAAGUGCAAUCAGCAAGGCCCAAACAGGAGCACCAACAUGGGGUGGUUACCCCAGCAUUCAUGCUGCCUAUCAGCUCCAUGGGUCCCUGAAGUCUACUUUGCCCUCCUGUGCACCAGUUCAACCUUUGUUCAGUAGUUACAGUUUGAAGGUUAUGUCCUCUGAUAUGGGUUCUCUGAUUCAUUCACCAAAUAGUCCAUCUCCACCUCUUAGCCACAAAAGUAAUGUGCUGGCUAUGGAGGAGCUUGUGGAAAAAAUGACAAGGAGUAGUUCUACACAUGAUGAAAAAGAGGAAAAAAACCCUGAGAGUAAGUCUAUGUCUGCAAAGUCACCAUUGCAAAAUCCCAAGGCCAAUGCAGAAAAUCUGUCCAAAGUAGUGCAAGGCUCUACAGUUGAGAUUUCUAAUGUUCUAAAGGGUAAAGAAGAGCCAACUGAGCCUAAAACAGAAAUAAAGAUAAAAACUGAGGGUGACUCACCACAAAAAACAGGUAGCAAUGGCUGCAGCAGCCUCAGCAUCAUCACCGAUCAUUUGUCUGAGCAGCCUCUUGUCAGCCCUCUCAGUGCUUUGCAGUCUGUCAUGAAUAACCAUUUGGGGAAAGCUGCAAAAAUUCCCAGACCCUCUGUGGACCCAUUUGCAAUGCUUUAUAAGAUGAGCAGCUAUGCCCAUAGUAAACAAGCAGAGCCAGCGAGUCAACAUCAUAAUGAUGACAAUGAUCAGCCCAUUGACUUAACAAAAUCCAAAACCAGCAGCAAUGUCAGUUCAGCUAUAGCUAGUUCAACACCAAACAACAGCAACACAAACAUUGUUAAAGCAUCUUUUAGAAAUUUCUCCCAAUCAUCAUCGUCGCCUCUUCGAGAGAAUGCUUUAAUGGAUAUUUCAGACAUGGUUAAAAAUCUCACUGGCCGUUUAACGCCAAAGUCUACAACACCAUCCUCUAUAUCAGAGAAAUCAGACAUGGACGGCUUUACUUUUGAGGACAGUAUGGAGGAGCUGUCUCCCAUCCAAAGAAGAAAAGGACGACAGUCAAACUGGAAUCCCCAGCACCUCCUGAUUCUCCAGGCCCAGUUUGCCUCCAGUCUUCUGGAGACUCCUGAAGGAAAAUUCGUCAUUAGUGACUUGGGACCACAAGAGCGAGUUCACAUAUGUAAAUUUACUGGUCUCUCCAUGACCACUAUCUCACAUUGGCUGGCCAAUGUAAAAUACCAGUUGAAGAGGACAGGCGGAACAAAGUUCCUCAAAAAUAUUGACUCUGGCCAACCUCUGUUUUUGUGUAGCGACUGUGCUUCCCAGUUCAGGACUCCCUUGUCCUACAUUAACCAUUUAGAGUCCCACCUGGGAUUCACCUUAAAGGACCUCUCCAAGCUUUCCGUAGACUUACUUGAGCAGCAGGCAGUGAGCAGAAUUGAGGACAAGACGUUUACGUCUUCUGGACUUAUUGAAGAUGACACUGGCUCAGCGUAUCAGUGCAAACUGUGCAACCGGACAUUUGUGAGCAAACAUGCAAUCAAAUUGCACCUUUGUAAAACCCAUGGAAAGUCGCCGGAGGACCAUCUCAUCUUUGUGAAAGAGCUCGAAAAGUUAGAUAAACAGUGAAAUCGGUGAAAGCUUGACAGAUUAGUGUUGCACUAUAACUCUUAAGUCUCAAUCUGUCAACACAGGUAGUGCCACAACUGUUUUAACACAAACAUGAGCUUUAACACCUUAUAUUCUAAUUAUUCAGUGUGUUUUGAAUGAAAAGAGCACCCAUUUAAGUAGCUCUAAUACAGAUUGUAAAGGUUGCAUUUUAAUUUGAUACAAUUCUACAGAUUGGUGCAACAGACAUGGCACUAUAUAGUCAUUGACUGAUUGUUGCUUCAUCAAUGCACUGCAUUUUAUCUGAGCCUUUAGCAGUAGUCUAUCUGUUGUUUUGAAACUGAUCUAUGCUUUUGUGUUCAUCACUGUUUCUGAAUAAUUGUUUUAGAAUGAAUAUAUUUCAUCCUACCUUGCAUAUUAUUUAUGAAGCUGUGCAUGUUUUCAUGUGAAGCAAUGAGUAUAUUAGGUCUGGCUACAUUUCAGUCGUAAUGGCUUAACAGAUGUCCCUGUUUUACAAAGUUUGGAAACUGCUAGUCAUUUAAAGUCAGAUGGGUAAAAGAUGGUGUUCUGAAAUGUUUCUGCACUUUCAGUGAGUGUAAAACAGAAGAAAAUUUUGAUUGGACAAAAGAAAAUUGAUUAAAAAAAGAUCAAGUUUAAUUUUAGGGUACUUAACCAAACUAUAAUGGUGUUUAUUUUUUACCAUUAUACCAGAAAAUAUUGCAGACAUCUGUUUUUUCCUCAAGUUAAAAAACCUGUUUUCUUUUAACAUGUACAGUACUUGCUAAGUAGCCCACAAAUUUUAUCAUGAAGGAGCUAAACUUGUAAAGUUAAUAAUGUUGAAAACUUAAUGUAUAAAUAAUUUUAAAAAAAUCAUGUAUGUUGGCAUAUCUUGCUACUUACAAGUUCAAUAUUAUUUGUACUGUGUGCAUUUUUACAGUGUUAUUUUCUAGAUCAAUUUGGGUUUGGGGGGGUGUAAAGCUGCAGAAUAUUGUUGGACCAAAAUUGCCCCUUUUUCAGUGAAUUGUAGGUCCCUCAAUGUGGUUUAUAUGAAAUUAAAUUAACGGCAUCUGAUGUGAUGCCAAUAACUGUAUAUAUGCUUGAAAGGAUUGCUCUUAAGAGUUCCAGGUUUUUCUCAUGACCAGUUAUUCUAAAUGGCAUCCUUUUAUCCUUAGUUGUAAAAUAAAUGUCAUGUCCUGGAAUAAA